AUGCUUGGGCAAUUGGUUAUUCAAGCCCAGAAGAGAGGCAUAGAUAUUCUUCAUCAACUAGGCCUUGGAGGCAAAGAUGUAAGACAUUCAUCAUCAGUGACUGCUGUACCAUCAUCAUCUACACCAUUACCUCAGGGGGUCCAUUUAACAGAAUCGGGUGUCCUUUUAACAAAUGAUUCUUAUAUUGAGUCACCUCUCCUGAAAACUUUACCAGUCAACUUAGAACAGCCAUUUACAAUAUUAAUUGGUUUACAGUCUCAUAGAGUAAACAAUGCAUUUCUCUUCAGCAUUAGAAGUAAAAAUAGAUUGCAAUUAGGAGUACAGUUAUUACCUAAAAAAUUAGUGGUAUACCUUGGAGGAAAGCAGUCUGUAUUUUUUAACUAUAGUGUUCACGAUGAGCAAUGGCACACAUUUGCCAUUGCUGUUAGCUAUCAAGUUGUCUCAAUGUUUGCUGAAUGUGGAAAGAAAUAUUUUAGCAGAGAGACUCUUUCAGAAGUUCAGACCUUUGAUUCUAACAGUGUGUUUACCUUGGGAAGUAUGAAUAAUAAUUCUGUCCAUUUUGAAGGAAUAGUAUGUCAGUUGGAUAUUAUUCCUUCAGCAGAAGCAUCUGCAAACUAUUGCAGAUAUGUGAAACAGCAGUGUCUCCCUGAGACAAGCCUUCUCCAUACAACUGUCGUACCAGCUAAGAUACCAGAAAACUCUCUCUUGCCCAAAAGAUUUGGUGAAAAAGUACUGUCGGAGGACACACUUACCAAAGGCAGAAGCAUUCUAGAUUCCAGAAAUGAUUCUACGGCAGUGCAUAAAGAACAAGAACACCAGAUAUCAAGAUCUCAGUUAACUUCUCUUCGUUCAGGGAAUGUCUCUGCUGUGGCUCUUGUGAACCAUGUGAUUCAGGCCAAAGAAAUGAUCACUGAGCAACUUACUCAGGCAAAUCUAAGCCUGCCAAUGACACAUCAUAGCCUCAAUAAGCCAAGGAAAAAUAGCAAGGAGAAAUUUGAUUCUCUUCUAAACGUGUUGGACAAUAUCACACAACAUAAUGAUAAAGUAGCUGGUCUGUCACCAUUUAAGAAGAUAUCAUCUAUUCUUCCACAUAUAAAACAAGAUGCAAUUAAGAAUCUCAAGAAAGCUAUCACAGCAAAUCUACACACUAAUGAACUUAUGGAACUGCGACAGAUUUUAAACACAACCUUAUACAGAGUGACAGAUGAGCCAUCUGUGGAUAAUCACCUUGAUCUAAGGAAGGAAGGUGAAUUUGAUCCUGAUGCUACUUAUCCCUUCGAAAAUAGCUAUGAAACUGAGCUUUAUGAUUAUUAUUAUUAUUAUGAGGAUCUUAAUACAAUGCUCGAAAUGGAGAAUCUAAGAGGGCCAAAAGGGGACACUGGACCUCCCGGUCCUUCUGGCCCAGCAGGUAUCCCAGGUCCGUCAGGAAAGAGAGGUCCACGGGGCAUACCAGGGCCACAUGGAAAUCCUGGAUUACCUGGAUUACCAGGUCCAAAGGGCCCCAAAGGAGAUCCAGGUUUUUCCCCAGGUCAUGCUGUUUCUGGAGAAAAGGGUGAUCAAGGUCUUUCUGGAUUAAUGGGGCCCCCUGGUAUGCAAGGUGUUAAGGGUCUCAAAGGACAUCCAGGGCUCCCAGGACUCCGAGGUGAACAAGGGAUUCCAGGAUUCACUGGUAAUAUUGGUUCACGUGGUUACCCUGGCAGGCAGGGUUUAGCUGGACCAGAAGGUAAUCCAGGACCUGAAGGUGUACGAGGUUUCACUGGCUCUCCUGGAGAAGUAGGACAACUGGGACCUGAAGGAGAAAGAGGUGCUCCUGGAAUCCGUGGAAAGAGGGGUCUUAAGGGAAGACAGGGUUUUCCAGGUGACUUUGGAGACAGAGCCCCUGCAGGUCCUGAUGGCAGUCCUGGACUUGUAGGUAGCAUUGGUCCUCCGGGAUUUCCUGGGCUUAGAGGCAGUGUUGGCCCUAUGGGACCAGUUGGACCUUCUGGAAUGUCUGGCCCAAUGGGUCUUUCGGGGAAUAAGGGCCUACCUGGAAUCAAAGGUGAUAAGGGUGAACAAGGCAUUGUGGGAGAGCCAGGAGAACCAGGGUAUCCUGGAGACAAGGGCGCUAGGGGUUUUCCUGGACCACCAGGGUUGAGAGGAAAGCCAGGACCUUCAGGCCAAACAGGUAACCCAGGACCCCAAGGACCACCUGGCUCUCGAGGACCAGAGGGUUUUCCUGGAGAUAUUGGGAUUCCUGGACAAAAUGGCCCUGAAGGAUCAAAGGGGCUCAUUGGAAAUAGAGGGCCUCCUGGACCUCCUGGUCUCAAAGGAACUCAGGGAGAAGAAGGACUAAUUGGAUCCUUUGGAGAACUGGGACUAAGAGGAAAACCAGGUCCAAAUGGGUAUGCAGGUGAAUCAGGACCAGAAGGCUUGAAGGGAGAAGUAGGAGACCAAGGAAACAUUGGGAAGAUUGGUGAAACAGGACCUGUCGGUUCACCUGGAGAAGUUGGAAUGACUGGAAGCACUGGUGAAAAGGGAGAACGUGGAAAUCCAGGGCCACUAGGUCCCCAGGGGGAAAAGGGCAUUAUGGGAUAUCCAGGUCCUCCUGGGGCUCCAGGAGCCAUGGGUCCACUGGGAUUACCUGGUCCUGUGGGGGCAAGAGGACCACCUGGGAGUCCAGGUCCUAAAGGACAAAGAGGACCAAGAGGACCAGAUGGUCUCUUAGGAGAACAAGGUAUACAAGGUGCCAAGGGUGAAAAAGGAGAUCAAGGAAAAAGAGGGCCUUAUGGUCUUAUUGGUAAGACUGGAAACCCUGGAGAGAGAGGAGUUCAAGGGAAACAAGGUUUACAAGGACCCCCUGGGAGUACAGGAGACAGGGGAUUUGCAGGAGAACCAGGACCACGAGGACUGCAAGGUGAUGCUGGACCUCCUGGAGAAACGGGUGCUGAGGGACCUUCAGGUAUUGAGGGAGAAUCUGGUCUGCAAGGAGAGCCAGGUGCAAAGGGAGAUGUUGGACCUGCAGGCAGUGUUGGAGUGACUGGGGAGCCAGGGUUACGGGGUGAACCAGGAGGUGCUGGAGAGGAAGGUCUCCAGGGUAAAGAUGGAAUAAAGGGGAACCCAGGAAGAAGGGGACUUCCUGGAGAGGAUGGAGAAAAAGGAGAGACAGGCUUACCAGGAACCACAGGGCCCCUGGGUGGACCAGGUGUAAUGGGUCCUCCAGGGCCUGAAGGAACUGUGGGACUGCCAGGACAAAGAGGUCGUCCAGGGAAGAAGGGUGAUAAAGGACAAAUGGGGCCCACGGGAGAAAUUGGAAGGAGAGGUGCUCCUGGACAAAUUGGGGAAAGUGGUCCUAAAGGUGCCAGAGGAACUAGAGGUGCUGUGGGACAUUUAGGAUUGAUGGGACCUUCUGGAGAACCAGGAAUUCCAGGAUAUAGGGGCCAUGAAGGUCAACCAGGACUUUCCGGGUUGCCAGGACCUAAAGGAGAAAAGGGUUAUCCAGGAGAAGAUAAAACAGUCCUAGGACCACCUGGGCCUCGAGGUGAACCAGGUCCAAUGGGGGAACAAGGAGAGAGAGGAGAGCCUGGAACAGAGGGAUAUAAGGGUCACAUGGGUAUACCAGGACCAAGAGGUGCCACUGGACAACAAGGGCCCCCAGGUGAGCCAGGUGACCGGGGUGAACAAGGACUAAAAGGAGAGAGAGGAUCUGAAGGUCCUAAGGGGAAAAAAAGAGCUCCUGGCCCUGCUGGGAAACCUGGGAUUCCUGGACUUCCAGGCCUACCUGGGCCAAAAGGCGUGCAAGGAUACCCUGGAGCAGAAGGCAUUUCAGGAAACCCUGGUAAAGUUGGGCUACCAGGAAAACAGGGACUUCCUGGCAUCAGAGGCAGCCCAGGAAGAAUGGGACUGGCUGGGUCUCCAGGUCCUCAAGGAGCAAAGGGUUCAUCAGGCCUUCCAGGAAGCCCAGGAGUUCUAGGCCCGAAGGGUGAACAAGGGCUACCUGGUCAACCUGGAAUUCCAGGUAAAAGAGGUCACCGAGGAGCACAAGGUGAUCAAGGACCAUGUGGAGAGCCUGGCAUGAAAGGGCAGUCUGGAGAACAUGGUAUUCAAGGUUUGACAGGUUUCCAAGGAUUCCCAGGCCCCAAAGGUCCUGAGGGAGAUGCUGGCAUUGUUGGAAUAUCAGGUCCUAAAGGUCCUAUUGGACAGAGGGGAAACACUGGCCCCCUUGGCAGAGAAGGUAUAAUAGGCCCAACGGGUAGAACUGGACCCAGAGGUGAAAAAGGCUUUAGAGGUGAAGCUGGUCCCCAAGGACCAAGAGGUCAACCAGGGCCUCCAGGUCCACCUGGAGCAUCAGGCCCAAGAAAACAAAUGGAUAUCAAUGCUGCUAUUCAAGCCCUGAUUGAAUCACAUACUGCCCUACAGAUGGAGAGCUACCAGAAUACUGAAGUGACCUUAAUUGACCACAGUGCAGAGAUACUCGAAACCUUGAACUACCUUAGCAAUUUACUGCACAGCAUCAAGAACCCUCUUGGCACACGAGAUAACCCAGCACGAAUCUGCAAAGAUUUGCUUAACUGUGAACACGAAGUAUCAGAUGGAAAAUACUGGAUUGAUCCAAAUCUUGGAUGCCCUUCAGAUGCCAUUGAGGUUUUCUGCAAUUUCAGUGCUGGUGGCCAGACAUGUUUAUCUCCUGUCUCUGUGACAAAGUUGGAGUUUGGAGUCGGAAAAGUCCAGAUGAACUUCCUUCAUUUACUGAGCUCAGAAGCCACCCAUAUCAUCACCAUUCAUUGUCUAAACACUCCAGUGUGGACAAGUGCUCAGACAAGUGGCUCAGGAUUGACCAUUGGUUUCAAGGGAUGGAAUAGCCAGAUUUUCGAAGAAAACAUUCUACUUGAACCUAAAGUGCUUUCAGAUGACUGCAAGAUUCAAGAUGGCAGCUGGCAUAAAGCAAAAUUCCUUUUUCACACCCAGGACCCUAAUCAACUUCCAGUAAUUGAAGUACAAAAACUUCCUCAUCUCAAAACUGAACGGAAGUAUUACAUUGAAAGCAGUUCUGUAUGCUUUCUCUAA